UCUGUACUCACUCCGAAGGCCCAUUCAACUCUGUAAAUGGUAAAACCAUUGUGGCAGAGUAUUGUUUUUCAGAAGAUUCUACCUUUUCCUUUAUAUUUACCAUUUCAAUUCCGAGAAAAGCAGAAAUUAAAUAAAUAAAAGCAAGAAGCUUGAGAUCUGAAGAGGGUUCUUUUCUUCUUUGUGCCAUCGCCAUUGGAAAACAAUCUUUUCACGUUUUUCUCAGCUUUUAGCACCACCCAUUUGGCACUUCCCCAAAAUAUUGGGCGUAAAGAUUAACGCCUGAGAUCUUCAAGGCGGCAGCCACAUCCUUGGAGUUGCUAUACUCGCACUGAGAAUUUGAGUGGCAAGAUUUUGGACCGCUUUUCUUGCUGAUUUGUGGAGCCCAUUUGGGAUUAGGACUGCGUUAAGUGAUUCUUGGAAGACCUAGUUGAGAUUAUAACUCAAUCUGCUUGUUCUCAGGUCCAGAUGGCUGUUUGUUUUACAGUUCCUGCUAUUCCGUUGAGAAAACUGUAUCCAUGUAUUUUGCAAAGGGGAUGAAUGACAAAACAUUGAGGAGAAAAUAACAUUUCAUAUCAGUCCACUUCUUCUGGAGAAUAGUUAAUUCGAUUGUUUGAGGCGUGACGAAUCUAGGAGCUGACAUUGCUUUUGUGUGGAGCUUAAGGGAGCUAAAUUGACAUGAUGAUCAGCAAACAACUCUUAUUGACCUACCUUUAUCUGUUAGUAUAUAUUGUGUUAUCCUCUGGAGUUAUCUUAUAUAACAAGUGGGUUCUCUCGCCAAAAUAUUUCAAUUUCCCAUUUCCUAUAACGCUUACCAUGAUUCAUAUGGGCUUUUCGGGCUUGGUGGCCUUCUUUCUGAUCCGUGUUUUUAAGGUUGUAUCACCUGUGAAGAUGACCUUUGAAAUAUACGCCACAUGUGUAAUCCCAAUCAGUGCCUUCUUCGCAUCAAGUCUAUGGUUUGGAAACACUGCAUACUUGUUCAUCUCAGUGGCCUUCAUUCAGAUGCUCAAAGCCCUAAUGCCAGUGGCUACUUUUUUGAUGGCUGUUAUUUGUGGUACUGAUAAACUGAGAUGCGAUGUGUUUGCGAACAUGGUCUUGGUCAGUUUUGGUGUUGUCAUAUCUUCGUAUGGGGAAAUUCAUUUCAAUGUGGUGGGCACCGUUUAUCAAGUUACAGGAAUAUUUGCUGAAGCUCUUAGGUUGGUUCUGACUCAAGUGCUACUCCAGAAGAAGGGCUUAACACUCAAUCCUAUCACAAGCUUGUAUUACAUUGCGCCUUGCAGCUUUGUGUUUCUUUUUGUUCCUUGGUAUCUUCUGGAGAUGCCUGGAAUGGAAGUAUCACAGAUCAAGUUUAAUAUUUGGAUAUUCUUCUCGAAUGCUCUUUGUGCCUUGGCUUUGAAUUUCUCCAUCUUUCUGGUAAUUGGUAGAACUGGUGCAGUGACCAUUCGAGUUGCUGGUGUUCUAAAAGACUGGAUACUUAUUGCCCUUUCAACUGUCAUCUUUCCCGAGUCAACAAUCACCAAGCUAAAUAUUAUUGGUUACGCGAUUGCCUUGUGUGGUGUUGUCUUGUAUAAUUACUUGAAGGCCAAGGAUAUUCGUUUGACCCAGAUUCCUGGGGAGAAUAUCACUGAACGUGCAGUGAAGGACAUUAAGACGGAAAAGAGGUCAUCCGAUCUGUAUUUUUCAGACGAAAACUCAAACAACAGCCUGGGAGGAAAGAACGCGCGUAAUGGAUCUCAUCUGGAUGCAAAUGUGGACGAAGAAGCACCUUUAAUUCCUUCUUCAAAGGGUCUUUUAUCUCGGACAAAGCCUAGUUAGCAACCUCUCAGACUGGCUUCUGGUAGGUAUACGUCACAACUCACAUUUCCUCUCUUUUGUUGCUUUGUCUACUCUAGCAUUUCUAGAGCAGCAUCAUUUGUUAGAACGUCCUAAUCUUUUUUGUGAAGUAUUGCCAUUUUUACUAAGCAUGUUGAGAGAUCAUCACUUUGAUUCGUUGUAUAAACGUGAAAUAGUUUAAGCAUACAAUGAAAUAUUAGUCGUAUCUACGACCUCUUGGUUCUA